CCUGACCAGCGCCUCACACUGAGCCAGAUCUACCAGUAUGUGGCUGACAACUUCCCCUUUUACAACAAGAGCAAGGCUGGCUGGCAGAACUCCAUCCGCCACAACCUGUCACUCAACGACUGCUUCAAGAAGGUGCCCCGAGAUGAGGACGACCCAGGCAAAGGGAAUUACUGGACUCUGGACCCCAACUGUGAGAAGAUGUUUGACAAUGGAAACUUCCGCAGGAAAAGGAAGAGAAAAUCAGACGCUUCCUCGAGCUUUGCAUCAGAGAAAACGGAGAACAGUCUCCUGGCAAGCAGCCCCAAGUCCACAGAGCCUCAGGACUUAGACACUGCCUCACCGGACACCACUAGUUCCCCAGAGAAGCGCUCCUCCCCUGCCCCGUCAAGCACUCCAUGCCUCAACAACUUCCUCUCCACCAUGACAGCCUAUGUGAGUGGGACAAACCCCAUGAGCCGCUCGGUGGCCACACCAGGACUGAGCCCGGAGCCUACUGACAAGAUGGGGCAUAAUUCACUGAGUUUCAACUCCUACACCCCCCUCACCAACCUCAGUAGCCAUGGGAAUGGGAGUGAAUGGGCCAGCAAAGUACCCACCAAUGCUCUAGGCUAUGGAGGCUCUGUCCUCAACCAAUUCAGCCCACAUUUCUACAAUAGCAUUAACACCAACAGUGUUCUCUUCCCCAGGGAAGGCACCGAAGUCUAG